AAUGACAUUUGUCCCCCUGCUCUCCUGGACCCUUCAUUUGGCCCCUCAGGCCAUUGAAGCCAUUUGUCCCAGGGCUGUUGGGGACAGACAAUGCUUGUUUGGGGACAGUGGGGCACAGCCACCCAUUUCAAUCCAAGUGUGGUUUCAUCCCAGAGAAAGGUGCCUGGGUGCCAGGAUUGCAGGUGUGAGGUGACUCAAAGUUGUUUCCUGGGAUCCUGCAAUACAUACAGAGCAUGGCUGGUGAUGUGGUGACAGGGAGAGAGGCUUGUGGCACUUCACAGCAGCGGGAAGAAUCAUCUGUGAAGCAUUAUAUGGAAACACAGGGCAGAGGACACCAUUCCCAGCAUACAAGGAGACACUGGAAGCCCUGGAAUAAAACCCAACCCAGGCAACCAGAUGUAAAAAUCACUUUUCUUUGUGUCAGGCUGUCUGGAGGGACUUGUCCCUGCCUGAGAAUGUCUGAAGUGGGUAGCUUAUGGGAUGGAUUGAAAACUGGCAGCAAUUCAUGAUAAACAGCACCUUUUGUGGCUCUGCAUUUUCCAGUGGGAUAAUUAUUUCCCUUUCCCAGCACACUGCUCGUACCCAUUUCUCUUUCCACAGAACAUUGUGCUUUAAUGACGAGAUGCAAUUUUGCCUUCACACCACAGACAACGGCCCUUGAAUCAGCAGAAGGGCUGGCGUGGGGACACCCCAGCAGCAGCACUGCCAGGCCAGCAUGGGACACAGCCACCAGGUCACCUCGAGGCACUGAGAAUCAUCCACUCUCGUAGCACCACGGGUUUUGAAGAGGCCAUUCCAGGGCUGCUGGUGGUAGAGGGAUGCUUGGCACGGUGCAGGCUGUGUCCUGGCCUUCAUCCUGAUGUGUGGCUGGAGCUGGUGGGGUGUGAGGGCUGGGGGUGGCAGGGGGCUGGACCCCCACCCCACAGAUAGUGGGCAUGCUUGCUGCCUCCUCUUCUGCCCGAAGCAGUGCAAGCAGCUCUGUGCCAGAGUUUUACAGGAAACUAUUGCUAAAAAUGGUCACUGAUGGCAGAAACAGAUCUGUAGGGAAGAGCAGUCAGGUCCCGGCUGUGGGAAGGAGCUCAGCCUCACAUCCAGCCCAGGCUGCAACCAACCGUGGCACAGAAGUCCCUUGGCUGCCUUGGUUGUGCCACUGCCAUGAUGCUGGUGGCAGGAUCCCAUCCAGGAAGGUGCUGGGGAGGCAGCAGGAGGUCCCAAGGCCAUGCUGUCCCAGUGCUGGUGGUGGGGAACAACCCAGGCCAGGGCCAUGCAGUCUGGUGGAAUACCCCAAAGCCUCAUCAGUCCAGUGCUGCUGGGCCGGAGCACCAUUCAAGGAGGGUUCAAGGAGUUUGCUAUAGCUCUGCGAACCUCUGGACACUUACUCCUGGGGGUGGUGCGGAUUUACAACAGGAAAGCAAAGUACCUCUUGGCAGACUGCAAUGAAGCUCUGACCAAAAUGAAGACAGCCUUUCGUCCAGGGCUUCUUGACCUUCCAGAAGAGAACUUUGAGGCUGCUUAUCAGUCCAUUACAUUACCUGAAGAAUUUCAUGAUUUUGAAGCACCACUACCAGAUGUCAAGACCAUUGAUGUUGCUGAACAUUUUACCUUGAAUCAGAGCAGAGCUGAAGAAAUCACACUUACAGAGGAUUAUGAAAGCAGUAAACUUCUCUGUGAUAGAAACUUUGAUGAAGAAGCAGAAGCACUGAGGAGACAGAGCUUCUUUGAGGGCAGUGUCCUGACGAGCAGUAACAGUCUGGUGGCCGAUCCCAACUCAGCCAGCACCAGCGGAGACAAAUCUGUGCUGCACGAAGAUGUUUACUGCUUCCAGGAUGACCAUUUUGGGGAUGAGGAAGAUGCUGUAGAUAUGAUUGAAAUGCUGUUGAGGGAUGAGCAAAAUGUCCUAGAUAAAGACAUUCUUGAUGUGGAGGAAGCACGUCCUUUGUCACAAGAUCUGCCAGAGAACAGCACAGCCAUUGAGUCCAACUUUGGAGACACCACCGUAAAGGAUGGAGAUCACACAAGGAGUGAGACAAUCCUUUUGUUCGAGGAAGAAGGAUUUGUGCUUGAGCCAGUUGAUGAUACAGCUGUCACCCAGAGGAAGAAAAAACAAAGAAAGAGGAAGCUGCUGGUGGAUGCAGAGAAGGAGCUCAGCUGCCAAACCAUUUACAAGCAGCUCACCAGCUACGAUGACCUGCUGGCCACGCUGGACCUCGCGCCCCCAACCAAGAAAACGAUGAUGUGGAAGGAGUGGGGAGGUGUGGAUAAACUCCUGUCUCAUUCUACACAGCCUGUGCUUCAUGCUCAGCUGCAGAAGUUGUUUGAAAAAUGCUUCAGGACUGACAGAUUUAAGAUGAGAGCAAAUGGAAUACAGAGGAUGUCUGAAAUGAAAGAAACUAGAAAAGAGCAAGAUACUACAGAGAUGCUGCCAGUAGAAGAGACAAGUUACCUGCAGAAGCCAGCUCAUUCCGAGACUGGGAGGAAAAUUAGAAAUUAUUCCUUUACAUUGACAUCACAGAAUGACAGAAAUGAAACCAAUGAGAACUGUGGUGAAAUGAUAGAGGAUGGAGCAGCUUUCUCCGAGAGCUCAAAAAAUUCCCUGAACCAGGAAGCUGAAGCACAGCAGGUGGAGGUGUCAGAGGAGCAAACAACAACCGAGAAAGACAAUGAAGAAAUAAGAUGGAGCAAAAGAACUCUUCGGCUACAAAGAACUUUACAGCAGCAGCUGAAGAGAUCAGGCGUGUGUUCCUUCAGUUUCCGGGAGCUCUGCCGGAGGAACAACCGCAAAGAAGCUGCAGCCACAUUUUACACCUUCCUGGUGCUGAAGAAGCACCAGGUCCUCGAGCUGCAGCAGCCCGAGCCCUUCGCUGACCUCACAGCCACUGCUGGGCCCAUGUUUGACAAGGUCUCAUAAACUGAUCAAAUACAGCUGAGGUUGCAUUUUCCAGCAAAUCGUUUUCCUGGAAAAAGGAUGGAAUGUCUUGUCAAGCUGUGGGAGGUGAGCAGAGCUCCCUGUCCUCUACACCACCCAGUCAUGGCUGGUGCAGGGGUCCUGCCCCAGGUGAUCACUACAGGGCUUAUAAUUAAUAUUUAUAGUUACAUGAUGAGUUAUAUUAUAGUUAUACAGUAUAUUAAUAAAAUACCGUUAAAAUAUAUGUUCUACAUAAGAUAUUUACAUUGUGAAGGAUUUUAUGACAGUCCUCAAAGGAAUUUUAUAAAAAUCCUCAAAGGAAUUUUAUAAACGUCCUUCAAAAUCUUUCUCAGACACUACCUUUGAACCUUAAAUUAUUUUUGACAAGCCUUGUGUCUGUUAAUUUUCUAAUACCAUCAGUAAGUUAUCUGUUUACUCUCUGUAGAAAAAAAAAUAUUUAGACUAUUUAAAAUUGUUCCUGUGAAAGACUGUUCAGUAUUUCAUAUUUUAAGAUCUAGCAGGGUAGUGUCUCCAGUGUUGCUUUUGUGUGUUCAGGCAGACAGAGGUUACACUGGCCUUAGAAGAGUCCAGGAGAUGCAGCAAGAAAUUCUAUUUCCUAGAAAUCCUGCAUUUUCAGAUUUCACAGAGCCUUUUAACUUAUUAACACCUCUAUUCAUGUGUAGAUCUAUUUAAAAAUUGAUGUUAACUGAAGUAUUAGUUCUUUGCAUUUUUAUCUAAUUUAGGAUAAAUUUUAUCCCUUUUACUGUCAUUUUCUGAAGCUGUUGGUUUCUGGCUUCCUCCCACCUGGAGGAGGGAUGAUUGUGCCCCACUCAGCUGCUUUGGUGCUGUGGGGACAUCACUGUUCCUUCAUGUGGAAUCAAUAAAAGUCAGAAGAUGUU